CCAACACGGCCACCAUGAUGACCAUGCAGCAGCCCUCGAGCCCCCAGGCCCCGUCCACCGAGCGCGUCGUCACCGAGCAGCCCUCCACCCAAGAACAAAUGCACAUGAACCUCCGCGGCGGUGGUGCCGGCGGCGUUUGCUGUGGCGUGUACGUUUCCCUCUCCCUUCUCUCGUCCAAACAGCCUGAGGUCUAGAUGUGCUCGUGGAAAAAUAAAACUAACGCCGUGGGUUGGACUAGGUGCGCGGGGUUGAUGUGCUUCGAGUGCUGUGAGGAGUGUUGCUAGACUCGAGGACCUUUGGGGAUUCGAAGGAGUGGAGAGCGAUGGGAUUCUCUGCUAUAUGCGCGAGAUGAAGUUACUCUCUG